AUGGACAUUUCAAUACAUUUUGUUGAAAUUGAAUGGAAUAUAUUAGCAAUAGUCGGUCGUCGGUUUGGCUUCAAAUUUUAGCGAUAUAUUGCAUCAAUUGUGCUUCAAUAAUGACUUUUAAUAGUUCCAGGUAACUCACGUUUGUAUUUUCUUUCGCUUUAGAACGAAUUUGGGCAAGAAAAAGCAGGAAAUUUUGGCGAUUCCUAGCCACGUGUUUAGGUACGUAUCGACAGUGAAUAUUUUAAUAGUGAACUUGUUUGUGCGAAUUUAUUGCGUAUAAUGUUGAGAUAAAAUGUUUGUGGGCAAACCUAAAGGAUCCAAAGCUCCCGAAAUCCCUUCUGGCUUGUCUCCUUCGAAUUUUCAUCAAAUUUUGUCCAAGAAAAGGUUCAAUUUGCCGCACUUACCGCGUAUUCAAAAUUGCUCGACUUCAAAAUUCAUACCAUGCAGCGAAGAACAUUUGCCAUUUGGGUAUACUAUUUAAAUUUCGCUGAAUUGUCAUGAGGAGUUUCUUUCAUUUUGAAGCAACAAAAUAUUCGCCGGUUUUGCUCCAAAUUUUAGCGAUAAAUCCCAUCAAUUGUGCUUCAGUAAUGACUUUAAUAGUUCCAGGUAACUCAUGUUUCUAUUUUCUUUCGCUUUAGAACGAAUUUGGGCAAGAAAAAGCAGGACAUUUUGACGAUUCCUAGCCACGUGUUUGGGUACGUAUCGACAGUGAAUAUUUUAAUAGUGAACUUGUUUGUGCGAAUUUGUUGCGCUUAAUGUUGAGAUAAAACGUUUAAUGUUGAGAUAAAACGCUUGUGUGCAAACUUAAAGCAUCCGAAGCUCCCGAAAUCCUGUCUCCUUCGAAAACUUUUCAUCAAAUAUUGCCAAAGAAAAGGGUGCCGCACUGAACGCGUAUUCAAAAUUGCUCGACUUCAAAAUUCAUUCCAGCGAAGAACAUUUGCCAUUUGGGAAUACUAUUUAAAUUUUGCUGAAUUGUCAUGAGGAGUUUCUUUCUUCGUGAAGCAACAAAAUUAAAGCACAACCACAUAACAUGAUUAUACAGCACAUUCGUUCGAAAUUCCUGGCACGAACUAUCUUAGUCGAAAAGACCAAUUUUGCAGAAAGAUUUUGAAGAACAAUUUUAUACUGUACCAACGCAGUUUGGUCUUGAGAUUUAAGUUCAAACACAAAAUUUUAAGACUAUUAAACUUGUUCCAAAGUUGAUCCUGUUGUAUAUACAUGCUUUAGAACUGCUAUAAUAAACUAGAACUCAAUCGCCAUUGACAGGUGUAAGCAUUUUAUUUUUCGAUUUUUGAAGAGAAACUUGAUGUAAUGAGUUGAAGUGAGAUUCCAAAGACAAAUUCAGAACAAAACUGUUUCAGAAUUCAAAGUUAACUGUUUGAGGCCAGGUUUGAGGCUUUGUUGCAAUGAUGGUAUACAGGGUGUAUAAAAAAAACGCAACCUCGGAAUUUCCCAAGAAAUCGACAGUGUUUUAAAGACAAAAGAUUUUAGGCGCCUGGGAAUUUAAAAUAGCACAACUGCCAAAAUUACUGCACACGCGAGUGCAUAAAGCAAAACUUAUGCAUUUAUUUAAUGCACAACAACAGUAAUAUGAUCUAUUAGCAAUUCGAUUUUAAUUCCCAGGGGCCUAAAAUCUUUUAUGCUUAAGAAUUGCAAAGUGAUUUCUUAGGAAAUUCCGAGGUUGCGGUUUUUUUUAUACACCCUGUAUAUCAGAACAUUUCUCAACAAGAAUAUUCAUGUGCGUCUCUUCUCCGUGUGCACAAAUUCACAAGGGCAAAAGGUUUUGAGGAAAGGUUUUCGCACAGACGUUAUAUCUCGACUUCUUUGAUGCAACAGUGAGAUAGUCUCAUUGGCGCGGCAUGCGAUGCAAAUGGCGCGACUCCGCGACCAAAUGGCGCGACUCGUAAAAGCCAUUUUUCGAGAGUCGCGCCAUUUAGUCGCGCGUCGCGCCAUUAAACAUUAGACUAUCUCUGCAACAGUCGAGGCAUCGUGUAUUAUAUAUAUAGUUCUUGCGCCAGUUUCUUACCAAGUUUUCAUUUUCUAAAUUUUAGAAAGAAUUCGCAAUGUCGAGCGAAAGGUGCUAGGACUUAG